AUGCGCUCGGCUUCAGGGGAACAGAUUGAAGCUGCUCCAAACUACAGCAAACCUUCAGUCCUGAUGAACAGAGAGAGAGCUGUGGCGGGCGCCUGCAGCAUGCGUCAGGCCGAGCCACACUCAGCCACAAACAGCAGUGAGAUUACCGUUGUCACGCUUGGGUGCAGCUCACACAGUGACAGCAGAGUGACAGCACUCCAACGCACCAUCAGAGACUGGGCCAAGACUCAGCCAGGCACACGGGACACUCAGAGUCUGGACGCCUGCUCUGAUCUUUUCUCUCCAACUCAGGGAUAA